AAAGAAUUGUCAUUUUUGUCAAAACCGAAAAAGAGUCAGAACGAACUCUAUUUGCUUGGUUCAGUGAGUGCUCGUGUUGUGCAAUAGGAUAAAUUGUAUGUCAGCUUAACAAAAUGUCUUUAAAUACAGCUCAUGCAAACGGAGGUGUUUUGAUUCAUGCAGGAGAAUGCAUUCUGCUGUUCUCGGACAAUGUUGUGAUGGAGUUUCACGGCCAGGAGGCGUCUGCGUUCCGGGGCAGUAAGACCGGCCGUCUCUAUCUCACUACACACCGUAUGAUCUUCAACAACAAGAGCCUCAACGAUCCCAUGGUCUCCUUCAGCUUUCCCUUCUGUACCAUCAGUGAGAUGGAACUAGAACAGCCUGUAUUUGGAGCGAACUACAUCAAGGGAAAGGUGCGAGCACAGCCUAAUGGCAAUUGGGUUGGCGAGGCAAAGUUCAAGCUGAUGUUCAAGAAGGGAGGUGCCAUCGACUUUGGCCAGGCGAUGCUCAAGGCGUCCAAAAUGGGUAAACGCAAAUCCUCCCGUAACGGUAUUCCCGAUUCUCCACCUGCCUACAUGCCUCCAACUGGUCCCUGGUACGAUGCCCCGCCCCCUGCCUACGCUCCUGCUCCUGGAGGCUAUUACGGAUGGAACCCCAACGUCGCCGCCUUUCCCAACCAACCACCUCCCAACUCAGUGUACAUGACAGAGAUGCCCCCUCCGUACCCAGGAAUAGUUGGGGGAUACAACGGCUACGCUACUGCACCCCCGAGCGGAGCUGUGGGCUUCAGCCAGCCUCCUGUACCUCCAGGCUGGUGUCUUUCUGGUAUUUCUUACUCUGAUGCCAAAGCUGCUGAAGCGGCUCAGAGUGCCUACUAUGACCCCAACAGGCCCCAAUGUGCCUAUGUUCCGCCCCCAGCCUAUUAUGAGUCCCCCCCACCGUAUCAGAUGAACGGCCAGAACAAAAAGGAGCAGUGAGUCGCCCCAGAGGGAUGUGAGGCUUCAGUCAGCCUUCAUUUCCGCUACUAACACUUGGGAUUAUGUAAUCAUAGAUGUCUACAAUAUUUUAUAUUUGAAGUUUAUUGUAUAAAAUAGCACGUUUAAAAUUGAAUCUGUGACAAAUAUAUUCUUGCAUUCCAAUGUAAUAAUGAGCGUUACUGUUGUUAUUUAUGUAUUUAUGAAUAGAAGGUAAUUUCUUAAUUGACGUCUGCUUAAAGUCACAGGCUUGUGUAUUGAAGAUCUUGCUACUGUGACAGUGCUCAAAGCAUUGCACUAAAUUCUGUAUCUUUGAGUUUUAAGAGUAUUUUAAAUAAAGUAUUUGUUGUUAAAAA